AUGGCAGUUCUAGCUUCAGUGAUGAUUUUCACUAUUGUAAUGGACCUAUUUGGAAACAUUUUAGUUAUUUUAUCCAUCAUAAGAAACAAAAAGCUCAGAACUACUGGAAAUUACUUUGUCAUCAACUUGGCUCUGGCUGAUUUAGCUGUAGCAGUAUAUCCAUAUCCUACUAUUUUAGUUGCACUUUUUCAAAAUGGUUGGACACUGGGAGAAACUCACUGCCGCCUCAGUGCUGCUGUUAUAUGUCUGAGUUGCAUUGGAUCUGUUUAUAACAUUACAGCAAUAGCCAUCAAUAGAUACUGCUGUAUCUGUCAUGCUUCCAGAUAUAAUCUGCUGUUCAGUGAAAAGAACACUUACAUCUGUAUUGGCUUUAUAUGGCUAUUGUCCAUCAUAACAUUUUUGCCAAUGGUGUUUUAUGAUAUGCUGCAGUAUGACCCACGUAUAUACUCAUGCACUGUUCUGCGGAGUGUUAAUCUCAGUUGCACCCUUGGUAUGGAAAUCACACAUUUCUUUGUCACCACCAGCAUAGUAAUAUUCUGCUACACAAAAAUUUGGAUAGUGAUCAUUGAAGUCAAAUUUCGACUCAGAAAAGAAAGCAAGCAGAAGCUGAAAUCAAAUGAACUGCAUCAGUUUUUCAUCAUGUUUCUAGUCUUUGCACUUUUUUCUGUGUGUUGGGGACCUUACAGCAUCAUAGGCUUUACAAUAGCAGUCAUAGAUGUGGAGUCUAAAAUUCCGUGCUGGGUGUAUCCUGUAUCGUCUUUCCUGGCUUAUUUUAAUAGCUGUCUGAAUGGCAUCCUCUAUGGUGUAUUUAACCAAAAAUUUCGUAAUGAAUACAAAAGGAUUAAUGCUAAAAUAUUGGCGGUGAAAAGGGAUGUAGCUGAGCUUAAAGUGGAGCUGACUCAGCUUAUUGAAAUGCUUUCAAAGCCCCAUUUCACCAACCAUCGUUCUUCACCAUGUUCCGGCUCUGUUAAGGAAGAUCAUUUAAAACUGCACAGGUCUAAUGAUGCUUUUAGUCCUGUAUCUCCUAUGUACCACCUUAAUCAAUGUAGGCAACAUGUUGCGGUUCCACAAAUUCAUCAUGCUGAACCAGAAUGUGCCCUUCCGGUUGUUCCUAUUCAAUUCCUGGAAGAUGGAAAUGGUUCGGCUUUUUUUUUAGCUAAAACUAACAGUCGAUCUAACUGUGCGGUCCAUAUGGAGGCUGUUAUUGAUUCCGAAAACGGUGUGAAUGAGAUAACCAGCAAAGCACGAUGUAACCUUACUACUAACAAAGGUACGAUUUAUCACAAUGCUAAUUCUCAGCAAUUUAAUGUUUUCUCUAAAUGA